AACAGAGAUAGAGAACAAAGAAGAAAAGUGAAAGAACAAACCAGCCCUUCCGUUCUACACGUCCUUCUUUCCCAUUUUGCCAGUCUCAUUUCACUCAUAGUGACUCAUGGUGAAACAGAGAAAUAUGUGAAUUGCAUUCGGAUGUGAAAAGGUUAGUAACUACUUAAUUUUCAAAACCAGCUCAUCCUCCAGAAACACUAUAGUUGCCUUCCACUCCAUUUCAUUUAGAUUGUCUUCUGAACAGCUGCAAAAAUUGUCCUUAACGUCCAGACGACAUUCGUAGAUUAGACCCUCAAAAGGGGAAUUUUAAAGCACGCUGUAUUCGGACUGCCCGGGAAGGCAUUGCCACUUCUCUUCAGACAGGGGAUUUCCGCCGAUUUCUUUCUGUUAUUUCACAUCUGUUUUGCACUCUACUCCUUGCUCUGUUGCGGGCCCCCAGUUUUCCUGUAACCAACCACUUAGAACCAAUCAAGAAGUAAAGAAGAGAAGAAACGCCCGCCCGCUCCCAAUUUCUUUUGUUUCUCUGCCCGCCAACCGCAGAGCCGACCGAGCCAGAGCCGCUGUCAUCUUUCACCCCGCUCAGCUGAUCGGUUGCCGCCGCCGCCGCCGCCAGAUUCCAGAAGCAAAGAACAAGAAGCUGGGAAGCCAGACAUGGACGUGAAUAUCGCUCCGCUCCGCGCCUGGGACGAUUUCUUCCCAGGCUCUGACCGCUUCGCCCGUCCGGACUUCAGGGACAUUUCCAAAUGGAACAACCGCGUGGUGAGCAACCUGCUCUAUUAUCAGACCAACUACCUGGUGGUGGCUGCCAUGAUGAUUUCCGUCGUGGGGUUCCUGAGCCCCUUCAACAUGAUUCUUGGAGGCAUCGUGGUGGUGCUGGUGUUCACGGGCUUUGUGUGGGCAGCCCACAAUAAAGACAUCCUCCGCCGGAUGAAGAAGCAGUACCCCACAACGUUUGUCAUGGUGGUCAUGCUAGCCAGCUACUUCCUCAUAUCCAUGUUUGGGGGAGUCAUGGUGUUUGUGUUUGGCAUCACUUUUCCUUUGCUGUUGAUGUUUAUCCACGCAUCGCUGAGACUCCGGAACCUCAAGAACAAACUGGAGAAUAAAAUGGAGGGGAUCGGUCUGAAGAGGACGCCCAUGGGCAUUGUCCUGGAUGCCCUAGAACAGCAGGAAGAGAGCAUCAGCAAGUUCACUGACUAUAUCAGUAAAGUGAAGGAGUAAAUAGAGCUGACCUGCUGAUAGGGUUGCAGCAGAAAUCGGGUUGCAGUUUGUCCUUGUCCAGACCUACUUUCCGUUUGUGUUUUUGAAAUACGAGGUGCACAAACCAUCCAGCUAUCCAUGGCAGCACGCACGGAGAGGCCACCCUGUUCUCCUCUCUGCUGUUACGGAGAAAAGGCCUCAAACUGAAAGAAACCACCCUCCUAUUAUGUCUGAAGUUUCAAGUGUGUUUAUGAAAGCUGAUAGGAAAUGGGUCGCACUUAUUUCUUAAGGGGAAUAAAAGAAAAGAAUUACGGAUUGUACUGCAACAGUAUGGUUAUCUUGUAGGAAAAAAGUAAUUGUAAAGGAUCAAGGCAAUAUGAGUAAAUGAAAAGACUACUGAAGGAGAGGAUGUCAUGCAUUAGCCUGUUUUAAUCCCCCUCAGCAUCCUUCAAAAAUAUUCCUUCCUUAGGAUUAUAAUAUGUGGGGUAUAGUUUUUAUUAUUCUUUAAAAUCAAAGGUGAUCUCGAUCACUUUGCCUCCUGUUUGAUGUGCAGUGGAUAAACCAGUUGUUUCUAUUUUGUUUAUAAAUAUAAAGCUAGCUAUUUAGGAGAAUAUUCUGUCAACCUUUUGUAAAUUUUUGAAGUGCUAGUAAUAUGUUCUCACUAGAAGGCAUUUGUUGCAAACUAAAUAUCCUCUUCUUUAAGGAGGUUACAGCUCUGUAACCUGUAUUAUUCCUGACGGUCUUGUUAAAAAACAAACAAAAAAAUCAGAAUAAAACUUGAGUUUCUAUUGCA